AUGGGCCAUGUCAUCCGUGGCACCACGUUGGCCGCCAAAAAGAUGGCUUGGCCGCCCGCCGUGAGCUUGGGCAACCCGCAAGCUGGCUGUUGGAGAGCUUCACCGUGGCCCAUGAUAGCGCCUAGUGCUCUCAAGCUUCAGUUUUCAAGUUCCAGCACAAGGCAUACCAAUUACACUAAUUCCCGGGACGAGGCUCGCGGCCGCGGUUCAACACAGCGAAAGGUUGAUGACAGGCCGUGGCAUCGUGAGAGCAGUGGAUCGUUGCCCAAGUCGACCUCGCCUGACCCGACCGGGGGAGAUGCAACCAAAGGCCGUCUGCUAACGACUCCCACUCGACUGCUGAAGCUCAUCCUCCCCAUCCCCUUUCACCCCGAGCAAGAAUACAUCAAUUCGAACGAGACCAAGACAAACAAGCCGAAACAAGAAGCGGUUGAGCCUCUAGCGUUGCUCGUCCAUCCGCAGCAGCCGCUCUCCUACCUGGAGAGGCUCAUCCAGGCCGAAAUCCCCCCUCUUCGGGUAAAGGAUCACGAGAAACUGCCCGAAAUCAUCUUCCGGGCCGAGGCAGACUACACGGGCGGCAACAAGAGUGAUGAGAAAAGGGGGGAGUCGAAUGGCAACGGGUCCAACGUUGCAUCUUAUUCUGGUCUCGGGCGUGAGGGGCCAAGCAAAGGCGACACUCACUGGGUCCGCUGGAGUGGAAGCACCGAGAUUGGCGACUUUAUUCGAGACGCCGCUCGUGGCCGCGAGUUUUCCGUCACGAUCGAGGGGCACGGCGAGGAGCUGCGAGUUGCCGUGCCGAGCUUCAAGGACAGAACAUACUACAUGCGAAUGAGGCUGCGGCAAAUGUCGCAGGAGAUUGACCAGAUGGCAACGGUGAAGCGGGAGUGCGAUCUAUUGGCGCACAAGGGUGCUCAUGCACUCGCCAAGGGCGGCUUCGCGGCGUUGGCAGGCUGGUGGGGGAUUGUUUACUAUGUGACAUUUCACACCGACAUGGGCUGGGACCUGGUCGAGCCCAUUACCUACCUCGCGGGACUGGCCAGCAUCAUGGGCGGCUAUCUGUGGUUCUUGUUCAUCAGCCGGGACUUGAGCUACAAGGCGGCCAUGAACGUGACGGUUUCAAGGCGGCAAAACGCUCUGUAUCAAGAACGGGGGUUCGACCCGGCGAAAUGGGACCAACUCGUACAUGACGCCAAUGGUCUUCGACGAGAGAUCAAGUUUGCCGCUACGGAAUACGGCGUGGAGUGGGAUGAAAUGAAGGAUUUGGGGGGUGAGGAAGUCAAAGAGGCAUUGGAGGAGGAGAAGAGUGACAGGGAAAGGAAGCGAGAGCAGGAGGAGGAGGAUGAUGACGGCGAUGACGAUGACCAGGGCCAGGGCCAUGACCAAGGCCAAGAGCGCAAAAGGAAGAGAUCAGAGAGUUCCAAGACGUCUUGA